AUGGCGUCUAAUAUGGAUAACUUACCUCCCUACCAGGAGAAGCAGCCUGUUCAAGAAAAAACGGAGCGCAGUGCCUCUGCUACCAGCCAUAUUACCAACCGCAUUGCUGGUACCGUACAAACAGGCUCGAUCCGGGACUUUCAAGUCGACUACCUUACAAUUAUCCGUAAUUCAGCUACAAGCUACCACAUCUCUCUUACAGUCGAUCCUACACCUCUAUAUUAUAUCAAACUCAUCUCCUCCGUUGCUCAAGUUAGCAAUAUCCAGAUCUUCUCCGUGUCUGAUAGUACACUUCCUAUUGCUGCCGCACGCCUUUCAGCCGAUCCUAAAAACAAAAAGGAGCCUCUAGCCACAAUAUGCACUUGCUCUCCGACUCAACCUGACGCGCUCUGGCUUCCAAUGACCGCACCAAAGACACUUUCAUCCGACUACAAGACUACUCUACCAAUAGUUUUAAUACCUGGUAGACCAGCGGUACCUCACCUGUUCAAGUGGUAUGCGGCCCCAGACGAGCCAAAAUUUGAGCUGCGGUGGGAAGGCCCACUUCCAAUAGUACUAGGUUUACGGUACCACGAGAACAACUUCGAGUCACAGUAUAUGUUUGCAACAGUAGUAAGGAAAACUGCUGAUGGAGAGGAUAAUCUUUUGGAGAUCAGGAGGUGGGGGGGUAUAGAAUUUGAGUUGGGUGUGAUCUUGGGCUUAUUCGUGCUUACACAUGCAAAGAAGACAGAGUUACUUUGA